AUGCGUAUUUUUGCGGUAAUAUUCGGUGUCGUGGCUAUGCUACAAUAUUACGUUGCUCCUGAAUCGAGCAAACAGAGCGACAUAGCGGAUAAUCAAGCAAUAGGGGCCAAGCUAACGUUACCAUCUACGCCAUCGCUACAAGCGGAAUCGUAUCAAGACAACGUCAAAUAUUAUAAUUUCCCAAUCGAUACUAUUUACAGACCAUUCCAAAACAAAAAAUGUCCGUUAUGCGACAGUUCGGUUUAUCCUUACUGUGGAGAAAAAUUAUUGCACGAUGCUUGUUGCUGUACAGAUCCCUAUAUUCACGAUUUACCUUAUCAAUGUAAAUUAGCGGAUUGUCGAUUCCUACACGCAAACAACUGCAGAGAACAUCGACUAAUUGCAAUCUGUUGUUGCAGUGACGAUUACCGAACUUUAUUGAAGAGCUUCUCAAAUGCAUAA